CCAAAGCUUUACACAAACGUGAAGACUAUGUCUUUAAUCCUCUUUUGCUUAUUUUCAUCUCUUUUUCUCAAUCAAACACAAACACACAUCUUUUUAGCCAUCUUUGGUAUACUUUUAUUUACCAUCAUAAAAACAUACUUUUUCCUAUCAUCAUCCCCGUCAAUCUAUCUUGUAGACUACUCAUGUCUAAAGCCACCAAACUAUUGGCGGGUACCCUUUUCGUCUUUCCUCGAACACUCGCGGAUAGUCCACUCUCUCGACCAAGAAAGCGUUGACUUCAUGUCUAAAAUCUUGGUCUCUUCAGGUCAGAGUCAAACAACAUACAUCCCUCCAGCUCUACACUUUAUCCCACCAAGAUCAACUCAUGAAGAAGCCAUCAAUGAAGCUCAAAUAGUUCUUUUCCCAGUUUUUGAAAACCUUUUAUCCAAAACCAAACUUUCCCCAUCAGAUAUCGACAUUAUAAUCUUCAACUGCAGCGGUUUUUGUCCGUCUCCUUCGAUAUCGUCCAUCAUUAUCAACAAAUAUUCGCUGCGCGAAGAUAUAAAGAGUUACAACAUAAGUGGCAUGGGGUGUAGUGCAAGUGCAUUAGCAGUUGACAUGGCACAAAACUUAUUAAAAGUUCAUAAAAACUCGAAUGCAGUUAUUCUUAGUACAGAGAUUUUAUCAAACGGUUGGUAUGCAGGUAAAGAUAAGUCAAUGAUGGUCCUAAAUUGUCUCUUUAGAUCAGGCAGUGCAGCCAUUUUGAUCACUAACAAGCCAUCUGCGAGACGCUUCUCGAAAUAUAGAUUACUUUACGCUGUUCGAACACAAGCUGCGUUUAACGAUACCGCUUAUAAUUCGGCUAUUCGCGAAGAAGACUGUGAAGGAAAUACAGGGGUGACUCUAAAAAAAGAUGUGUUACAUGCUGCAGGAGAGUUACUCAGAUCGAAUUUUCGAGUUCUGGGUAAUUCUAUUCUUCCAUCAGAAGAAAAAAUCCGGUAUGGCCUUUCGAUAAUGAGAAAGAAAGUUUUCGAUAAAUCGACACAAGUUUAUGUGCCGAAUUUCAGGAAGGUGAUACAGCAUUACUGCUUACCAACAUCUGGGAAAUCAGUAAUAACUGAAAUAGGAAAAAAGAUGAAGUUAAAAGAUGAACAAGUGGAAGCUGCAUUAAUGACAUUGCAUCGGUUUGGAAAUCAGUCAUCUUCUUCAUUGUGGUAUGAGUUGGCUUACAUGGAAGCAAAGGAGAGAGUGAAAACAGGGGAAAGAGUGUUGCAGAUGGGAAUGGGUAGCGGGCCUAAAUGUACCAGCUUGGUGUGGGAGUGUAACAGGCCCAUUGUUGGAGAGGCCCAUAAAGGCCCAUGGGAUGAUAGUAUUCAUAGAUAUCCUGUUUAUAGUCAUCCGAUCAGAAAGGAUAACAUAUGAUGCUCCUAAAAAAAGGUUUAUGUUUUCAUUUAUGUCAUUAUCUCUUCAUUGCACAUCAUUUUCUCAGCAUCACGAAUAUAUUAGUAAAAAGUUUGAUUGAACUACACCAAAUUGUUUUCGGUGUUGUAUGUAUACACUUUACAAACUGUUCAAUGUGUGUAUCAACUAUCAGUUAGUGUAUAUUCAGUUAAAUCUUC